AUGGUCAAACGAAGCAAGUUGCUCCAGGCCCUCGAUGCCCACAAGGGCCCGGAAGAAAUUGAUCAAGAGCGCGGAAAAAAGAAGGCCCAGAAGGCUUCUGCUGUCCCCGAAGACAAGGUCGUGGAGGAUGAGAAGAAGGAGGAAGAGGAGGUUGCCAGCUCUGAUGCCGAAGAGGAAGAAGAGGAAGAAGAGGAAGAGGUCGACCAGGACGAGGAGAUGGAAGAUGAGGAGGAAGAGGAAGAAGACAUCCCGCUCUCCGAUCUCGAUGAAGACGAGCGUGAGGAUGUCGUUCCCCACCAACGUUUGACAAUCAACAACUCUGCCGCUAUCCUCUCCGCCCUCAAGCGCAUCUCUUUCAUCGGCCCCCAGACCCCAUUCUCAGAGCACAACUCCCUAGUCUCGAAAGAGCCGAUCGAGAUCGAAGACGUCAAUGACGACCUGAACCGUGAAUUGGCCUUCUACAAGGUUUGCCAGGUUGCUGCUACCCAGGCCCGCGGUCUGCUGAAGAAGGAAGGUGUUCCCUUCACUCGGCCGGGUGAUUACUUCGCCGAGAUGGUGAAGAACGACGAGCACAUGGCCUUGAUCAAGAAGAAGCUUUACGAAGAGGCUGCUAGCAAGAAGGCUUCCGCUGAGGCGCGCCGCCAGCGUGAUCUUAAGAAGUUCGGCAAGCAGGUUCAGAACUCCAAGCUGCAGCAGAGACACAAGGAGAAGCGCGAGUUGUUGGAUAAGAUCAACACCCUCAAGAAGAAGCGCAAGGCUGAUGGCUCUGCUCCUACCGACGACUCCAAUGAUAUGUUCGACAUUGCCAUUGACGAGGCUACCCAACCCGACAAGAAGCGUAGCCGUGGUGAUGGCCCCGGUGGCAACAAGCGCCAGAAGAAGGACGCCAAGUUCGGAUUCGGAGGCAAGAAGCGCCAUGCUAAGAGCGGUGAUGCCAUGUCCAGUGGUGAUCUGAGCAACUUCUCCGCUAAGAAGAUGAAGGGUGGCGCAAAGCGACCCGGCAAGAGCAAGAGAGCCCAAGCCAAGGGACGCAACUAA